AGAUUGCAUAUAUACACGUCGCUUUUGUAGUUUUGUAUACCCCGUUCCUUCUCUAUCCAUCUAUCUAGUAAAACAGACAAAACCCAUCCAUAUAUCUAUAUAAAGAACUAAUCAAUCCAAAUUUUAAGUUUACCACUUGCAGAGGAAGGAUAUUAACCGAAAGAGAAAGAGAAAGGAAAGGAGUUAGAUCGAGAUAGAGAUAGAGAGAUGGAAGCUGUAGAGGGGCAAGAACAGUUGGUGCAAUCCAGGGUUAUGAGGGUGCUGUCAGAAGAAUCAUGGAACUACUUCAUGACUCAAGCUAGCAGUGAAGGCUGCCCUGUAGCGAUACAUUUUACUGCUGCUUGGUGCAUGCCAUCUGUUGCAAUGAACCCUGUUUUUGAAGAAUUGGCUAUGAUUUACGAAGAUGUCUUGUUUCUUGUGGUGGAUGUGGAUGAUGUCAAGGAGGUAGCAACAAAAAUGGAACUGAAGGCAAUGCCAACGUUUUUGGUGAUGAAACAAGGAGGCGGUCAAGUAGUGGAUAAGGUUGUUGGUGCAAAUCCUGAAGAGAUAAGGAGAAGGAUUGAUUCCUUUGCUCAGUCCAUUCGUGCUUCUAAAUGACACACACUAUACAUAACUUUCCUAAUGUUCCUUGGAAGUUUUUUCUUUUUCUUUUUCUUUUCUUUGUUUACUUGAUAUACAUAAAGCAUAUCCUUUGAAGUAUUUUAUGUUUUGUUCAUGUAAAGUAAAGCUAUAAGCAAAUGUUUGAAUAAUGAUGGAUGCAAUUUGAUUUAGUUUCCUUUCAAA